AUGUAUUGGAAGAGCGACCCGAUGUUCGUGUGCAGGCUGGAGGACAAGGACCUGCCCGCGCUCGGCGCCCCCUCGGAGAAGGCGAGCCCCGCGGCGGCCGACGAGGACUCCUGCUCUUCCUCCGCCGCCCUGUCGCCCUCUUCCUCGCCGCAGUCCAUGGCCUCGGGCUCGGGCUGCGCCCCCAGUAAGUGCGUGUGCAGCAGCUGCGGCCUGGAGAUCGUGGACAAGUACCUGCUGAAGGUAAACGACCUCUGCUGGCAUGUGCGCUGCCUCUCCUGCAGCGUUUGCAGAACAUCUCUAGGAAGGCACACUAGCUGUUACAUCAAAGAUAAGGAUAUCUUCUGCAAACUCGAUUAUUUCAGGCGGUACGGCACCCGCUGCUCCCGCUGCGGCAGGCACAUUCACUCCACAGACUGGGUCCGAAGGGCUAAAGGAAACGUAUAUCACCUGGCGUGUUUUGCCUGCUUCUCCUGCAAAAGGCAGCUUUCUACCGGAGAGGAGUUUGCUUUGGUUGAAGAGAAAGUCCUUUGUAGAGUACACUACGACUGCAUGCUGGACAACCUGAAAAGAGAAGUUGAAAAUGGUAAUGGAAUUAGUGUGGAAGGAGCACUACUAACAGAACAAGAUGUUAAUCAUCCAAAACCAGCAAAAAGAGCUCGGACUAGCUUCACAGCAGAUCAGCUCCAGGUUAUGCAAGCACAGUUUGCUCAGGAUAACAAUCCCGAUGCACAAACGCUCCAGAAACUGGCAGAGAGAACAGGCUUGAGCAGGCGCGUGAUACAGGUGUGGUUUCAGAACUGCCGGGCGCGCCACAAGAAGCACGUCAGCCCUAACCACUCGUCCACCGCUCCGGUCUCGGCGGUCCAGCCCUCCAGGCUCUCCCCGCCCAUGCUGGAGGAAAUGGCCUACUCCGCGUAUGUGCCCCAGGACGGGACCAUGUUAACUGCUCUGCAUACUUACAUGGACGCUCAUUCACCUACAGCUCUCGGACUCCAGCCUUUGCUAUCCCAUUCAAUGACACAGCUGCCCAUAAGUCACACCUAA